AUAACAAUAAAUCUCAUUUCGCCAACUUAGUCCAUUUGUCUCUCUUCAUCUACAUCUACACACAUAUAUCAUCAUCAUCAUAUAUAUAUACUACACUCCAAUUAGCUUCGUUUUCUAAUUAUCUCUGAUUUUACUCACCUAUACAUACACAUAUACAUACACACAGAGAUUUGAGUAGCGAUGACUGAGAUGGAAUUGCUCAACGGAGAAGACGAUGCUGCUGUCACUACUCCUCACGCUGUUCCGAUCGCCGGGAAGUACAAGAUUGUGCCGCUGGACGACGACGUUUCGGAGCUCUCGGAGCUGAAACUGGACGAUAAGGACGGCGGCGAGAAAAUCGGCGAUUUUUUCGGGGAGGUGAAGAGCGGGGGAGUGGAGGUGGAUGAGAGUGAGGGGGAGAGGUCGCCGGCGGCGGGAGGAGGCGACGGGGGAUUUGAAAAACUAGCCGUUGGCGAGAAAAUCGGGGCGGAGGAGACGGAGUCGGUGAUUUCGCCGAACUCGAGGCUUCCGAAGCCUGAGGCGCCGGCGGGUGUUGUGUUUAGUCGGUCGCAAUCGGCGCCGGAGAGCGGCGGCGGAGUGAGUAUGCCGGCGAUCGGGAGGUUUUUUCGGGAGAAGAGUAGUAGCUUGUCGAGUUCGAUUACGAAAGGCUUAUCGACGUUGAAAGAUGAGUCGGAGAAGUUUAGGCUGAAUAAGGUGACGGAAUUUAGUUUAUCGGGAGUUAAAGUGAUUGUCCAGACGAAAAAUGAGGAUGAUGAAGUGGAUAUAGUUGAGUUUAAGGGACAAAUUAGCUUUUUUUCGAGGUCAAAUUGUCGAGAUUGUAGUGCUGUUCGACAUUUCCUCCGCGAAAGGAAAUUGAGGUAUGUUGAAAUUAACAUUGAUGUGUUUCCGGGGAGGGAGAAGGAAUUGAAAGAGAGAACGGGGAGUGUAUCAGUUCCGCAGAUAUUUUUUAAUGAGAAGUUAGUUGGGGGAUUAGUGGUGUUGAAUUCACUGAGGAACAGUGGGAUGCUGGAACAAAAAUUGAAGGAUUUGUUAUCGAAGAAAUGUCCGGCGAGUGCGCCUGCACCACCGGUUUAUGGAUUUGAUGAUCAAUCGGAGGAGGAUGAGAAGAUGGAUGAAAUGGUGGGGAUUGUUAGGGUUUUAAGGCAGAAGUUACCGAUUCAGGAUCGGAUGAUGAAGAUGAAAAUUGUGAAGAAUUGUUUUUCGGGGACUGAGAUGGUGGAUGCCAUUAUGAAACACUACGAGGUCUCAGACAGGAUCAAGGCAGUUGAAAUUGGAAAGAAGCUGGUAGAGAAACACUUCAUACAUAACGUCUUUGGAGAAAUCGAAUUCGAGGAUGGAAAUCACUACUAUCGGUUCCUUGAGCAUGAGACCUUCAUUCCUAGAUGCUUCAAUUUCCGAGGAUCCACUAAUGACAUUGAGCCAAAGGCAGCUGCCACAGUUAGCCAAAGGCUUUCCAAGUUGAUGUCUGCAAUUCUUGAAUCCUAUGCUUCUGAUGAUCGACAGCAUCUUGAUUAUGUUGCAAUAAGCAAUAGUGAAGAAUUCCGGAGAUAUGUAAAUCUGGUACAAGAUCUUCAAAGGCUGGACAUCACGUCUCUAUCCCCAGAUGAGAAGUUGGCCUUUUUUCUAAACCUGUUCAAUGCGAUGGUCAUUCAUGCUGCCAUUAGGAUUGGACAUCCUGGGGGAGUUGUCGAUCGGAGAUCCUUUAAUUCUGAUUUUCUUUACAUAAUUGGAGGCCACCGUUACUCGCUAAAUGAUAUAAGAAAUGGUGUCCUGAGAGGUAACCGAAGAGCACCUUACUCACUGGUCAAACCCUUUGGUGGUGGAGACAGGCGCUCAGAGAUGGCACUCCCAAAGAUGAAUCCAUUGAUUCAUUUUGGACUCUGUAAUGGCACCAGAUCAAGCCCAACUGUGAGAUUCUAUACUCCAAAAGCAAUAGAAUCUGAGUUAAGACAUGCUGCUAGGGAGUUUUUCCAAAAGGAUGGUAUCGAGGUGAAUCUGGCAAAAAGGACAGUCUAUCUCACUCGUAUCAUGAAAUGGUUCGAUAUGGAUUUUGGACAGGAAAAGGAGAUGCUGAAGUGGAUGAUGAAAUACUUGGAUGCAACCCAGGCAGGUCUUUUGACACAUCUCUUAUCGGACGGAGGUUCUGUUAAUGUUGUUUACCAGAAAUAUGAUUGGUCCGCAAAUUUUUGAGAAACUUGGAUUUGAUGAAAGGCGAUAGAAUCCAACCUAUAAAUAGGUGAUGAGAUUUGUGUAGAUAAAACUAUAGACUUAGAAAUGCCUGUAUGGAUUUAAAGUUCUAGAGAGGAGUUCUUAUCUGUUUAAACUGUAAGGGUUCGUGGUUGGUUUUUUUCUUUUUUCAUCUAUAUGCAAAUCUGAGAGAUAAAAGUUGAUGUAAUGACCUUCCAGACCAGUAUGGUUCUAGCGAAACAGCAGAUCGUCUUCUGGAAAGGUGUAUUUAUUUGAUAUUUUGAUUGUAUGAGAGUUACCUUUAUACA